AUAAGCGAUAGUUUGGUGUAAUAAUAAAGGUAUCACUUAUUUAGUGCCUUAAAGUGUUGUUAUAUUAGUAGAUAUUAUGUCUAAAAUAGCAUUCAAUGAAAGGGUUGUUUUGGUCGAUAUAUUGGCCAUACUUUUCGGUAUUAGUUCUUGGAUUGAAGUGAAUGGCGUUUGGGUGGAGACACCGAUUCUUGUCCAACGAUUGCCCGAAAGCUGGAAUUUGGCCGCUUAUGUAGUGGUCAUCACUCAGUUGGCUAACAUCGGGCCAAUCAUCUACUCUAUACUGAAGUUUAAAUUUACAUUAAAGUCCAUUGAAAGUCCGGCCAUUCACGUGACACUACUAAUCGGUUCGCUGUCCUGUCUAUUAUUGAGUGUGUUUUGGGACCGAAUCACCGAAAUCAAUGGAAACCCACAUUCGGUGGCAUUUCUUGUAUUGGUUACACUGUUGGCUGUUGUCGACUGUACGACAUCUGUAUUAUACUUACCAUUUAUGGCACACUUUAAAUCAAAGUAUUUGAUGUCAUAUCUGAUCGGACAAGGAUUGAGUGGACUCGUGCCCAGUGUUGUGGCCCUUAUUCAAGGAGUCGGUGGUAAUCCCAAGUGCGUGAACUCGACAACAGAUCCCAACAAAGUUAUCCCCGAAUAUUCUGAUCCACGAUUUUCUGUCAAUGUUUUUAUGAUAUUUCUAAUGGUUAUGGUUUUAGUCAGUUGGUUGGCAUUCAUUCUUCUCAAUCACUAUAAGUUAUGCCAAACAGAAAGAGUCAGCCAUAAGGAUGAUAGCGACGAAAUCAAUAGACUUCGAGCGGUCACUAAUAAUGAAGAGUCGGAUUCAAAUUGCGAGAAAAGCAGUGAAGAAUCGGCACUUAAAUUAGAAAAACGUUUAAAACAAACAAAUGACAGAAAUAUAAGUCGUCACUCUUUCGGUGUUUUAUUGAUAACUCAGGCCUACAUCUGUGCCCUCACUAAUGGAGUUCUUCCGAGUAUUCAAAGCUACAGUUGUCUGCCAUAUGGAAAUACAACCUAUCAUUUAACAGUAACCCUAUCAUCAAUAGCUAACCCGAUUGCCUGUUUCAUUGCAUUUUAUAUAAAGCCAUCGAUAAUUAAGCGAACACUUCCCGCUGUUAUAAUUGUGGGUACAGUUUGUGUCGCUUAUAUCAUUGUAACUGCAGUAAUGAGUCCAACGCCGCCACUUCAAGACCUGAUCUCUGGUAAAGUAUUGAUAGUAUUAGUCUGGAUUGCAUUCACGGCUUUGUUUUCCUAUUCUCGCGCUUGUAUUGCAACUAUUCUUCGCAAUACAAGCACUGGACACAAAUCUCUAUUCUUCUGCGGUAUAUUCACUCAAAUUGGUUCUACAUUUGGAGCCAUAUUUAUGUUUGUCUUAACCAAUUACAGUACCAUUUUUGUGCCAUUUUAUCCGUGCAAUAAUUAAAUUUAGUUUUUUUCAAAUAUAAAAAC